AUGGAUGAAAUCACCACAAUGGAUGAAAUCACCUCAUUGGAUGAAAUCACCUCGUUGGAUGAAUUUUUAGAGCUUCAUCGUCAGGUCCAGGAGGAGGAGCGCCAACUUGAGAAGGAGCAGCGCCGGCUUCAGGAGACAGAACGUUAUCUGCAGGAAGAGGAGCGUCAAUUUCAGUUUGUGCUUCAAGAGGAGGAGCGUCAGCUUCAGGAGGAGGAGCGUCAGCUUCAAGAGGAGCAACGCAGGCUUCAAGGGGCUGAGCCCAAGACUUUACGGGAAUUUAUCGAAACCUGCCACUCUCUUCAUCUCUCUAUGCAAGUGGUGGCCUCGCCCUUUAACACCACAAUCUCAACGGAGGCAACACUAGCUGGGUACAUCUUCCCUCGCAGGAUUGUUCCUUGGAAUGGCUUCGCGGCAACGCAAGAAUGGAUCUGGAAUGGUCUAUCGACUGCCAAUUUCUUUCACUCUCAGCCACAAUUUCCAUCGGAACAUCAAAUAGACUACGUGAAAUCUCGCAUCAAGCCAAUCAGAAGCGAGUUUGGUCUACGCAAUUUCGAGCGGGCAGCUGUUGAGGAUGCCGUUGAAAUCUUGUUCGAGCGAGCAUGCGAGAAUCCGCGGCUACAAAGCAGCCUCAAUCUGCAAGGGGCUGUGACAUUCGAAAGUCACACAAAUGUCGAGGAGGAGGUCGGGUUAGAAGCGCCCAACAAGCCUGAAGCGCGGCGCAAGUCGAGGGGGAAGGGCAACAAGGCCGAUGAGUGUCUAGUUUUCAAGACCUCAGACGGCGCCCAGGUUCCCGUGGCGGCCAUACAGUAUAUGCCUCCACAAAAGCUGAGCAUCGACCAGCUAGUAACAGGCCUUUCGUCGGAAAUUUGGCUAGAACGCGAUGUCAUCAAUACGAAUGGCGACGAUUUUAUUUCGACAUCAAGGCGGCUCGCUGCCGCCGUUAUCACGCAGCUGUUCUCUUAUAUGAUUGACAAGGGCCUUCAAUACGGCUAUGUGUGUACGGGAGAGGCCUUUGUCUUCCUCCGCAUUCCCGAUGACCCUUCCAUCGUAUACUUUUCCGUAUGCGUUCCUAGUAUGGACGUACUGGAGAAUGGUGACCUAAAGCUCCAUCGCACGGCCGUCGCCCAAGUCUUCACCUUUCUUCUAACAACCACACGCACAAAACCACCACCGGACGUCUGGCAUAACGAAGCUGAAAAGCUUGGUAUUUGGGAAGUCGAAUACGAUGACGUUCUUGCGAAAAUUCCACUCGCGGACCGUAAGCGCAAUGAUGUCCUAAUUGCUCCCUACCAGCCCCAGUGUUGGGAGGAUUUCAAACGGUUUCCUCUUCAGACCCGUCGCUCUCUCGCUACCGACAGCCGGAUCUUGGGACAAAACGCCCGGCAGACGAAGACUUUCUUUCGCCUUUUCCAAAGACUUCUCGUACCGGUAGGAAUGUAG